AUGGCCUCAUCAAACAAGACAAUGGACUUCAAGUGCGCCCUCGUCACUGGAGGCGGCGGCGGCAUCGGCAAGGCGCUAUCGCAGUGGUUCAUCUCCAAGGGCAAGAAGGUCAUCAUUGCAGGCCGGACAGAGUCUAACCUCAAAUCGACGGCUUCUGAGAUCGGCGCUGCUGGUUACUACGUGUUGGACACUGGACGGGUCGCCGACAUUCCCGACUUCAUCAGCAAGAUCACCAAAGAGCACCCCGAGCUGGACUGCCUCGUCAACAACGCCGGCGUGCAGCGGCCCCUGGAGGUCGAGAAGCAGGACCCGGAGGAGUUCCUGCAGAAGGCGGACCAGGAGAUUGACAUCAACAUUCGCGGACCCAUGCAUCUGGCGCUGGGCCUGCUCAAGCACCUCAAGACCAAGGAGCACGCAGUGAUCAUGAACGUGUCGAGCGUGCUGGGCUUCGUGCCCUUCUCGGUCAUCAACCCUGUCUACAACGGAACCAAGGCGUGGCUGCACUUCUGGAGUGUGGCGCUCCGAACACAACUCAAGGGAAGCAAUGUGCGGAUCGUCGAGAUCGCACCUCCGGCCGUGGGCACUGAUCUGCACCGGGAGCGAGAGGACCCUGAUGACAACAAGAAGCACAAGAACCCGAUCUCUUUGACGCUCGAGGAGUUCAUGGACGAGAUCAGCAAGAAGUUGGAGAAUGGCGACGAGAUGAUCACGGCUGGUCCCGGUAAUGCUAUCGUGAAGCAGUGGGAUGAGACGAUGGGUGCCAAAUACAAGGAGAUGACGAGUAAGAGCAAAUAG